ACAUGGAUUUAGAUGCUAUUACAAAACACUCAGCAUUACAUGCCAAGCCCAGUGGACUCAUUCUUCAAUAUGGGACUGCUGGAUUUCGAACAAAAGCGGAACAUCUUGAUCAUGUCAUGUUUCGCAUGGGAUUAUUAGCUGUUCUACGGUCAAAACAGACAAAAUCUACAAUAGGAGUCAUGGUAACAGCAUCACACAAUCCUGAGGAAGACAAUGGUGUCAAAUUGGUUGAUCCUUUGGGUGAAAUGCUGGCACCUUCCUGGGAGGAACAUGCUACCUGUUUGGCAAAUGCUGAGGAGCAAGAUGUGCAGAGAGUGCUGCUGGACAUCAGCGAGAAAGCUGCCGUGGAUCUGCAGCAAGACGCCUGCGUUGUGAUUGGUAGAGAUACCAGGCCCAGCAGUGAGAAACUUUCACAGUCUGUAAUAGAUGGCAUCACUGUUUCAGGAGGUCAAUUCCAUGAUUAUGGCUUGCUGACAACGCCGCAGCUGCACUACAUGGUGUACUGCCGGAAUACCCAGGGCCAGUAUGGAAAGGCAACCACAGAAGGCUACUACCAGAAGCUCUCCAAGGCCUUUGUGGAGCUUACCAAACAGGCUUUCUGCAGUGGUGACGAAUGCCUGUUACUUAAGGUUGACUGUGCAAAUGGCAUAGGGGCCCUGAAGCUGAGAGAAAUGAAAAACUACUUCUCCCGGGGGCUGUCAAUUCAGUUGUUUAACGUUGGGACUACCGGGAAACUCAAUCAUUUAUGUGGGGCUGACUUUGUGAAAAGUCAUCAGAAACCUCCACAAGGAAUAGAAAUGAAACCCAAUGAAAGAUGCUGUUCCUUUGAUGGAGAUGCAGACAGAAUUAUUUAUUACUACUAUGAUGCAGAUGGCCACUUUCAUCUCAUUGAUGGAGACAAGAUAGCAACACUCAUUAGUAGUUUCCUUAAAGAGCUCCUGUUGGAGAUUGGAGAAAGUCUGAAUAUUGGCGUUGUACAAACUGCAUAUGCAAAUGGAAGUUCAACACGGUAUCUUGAAGAAGUUAUGAAGGUCCCAGUCUAUUGUACUAAAACUGGUGUAAAACAUUUGCAUCAUAAGGCUCAGGAGUUUGAUAUUGGAAUUUAUUUUGAAGCAAAUGGGCAUGGCACAGUGUUGUUUAGUAAAACUGCUGAAAUGAAGAUAAAACAGCUAGCAGAAGAAUUAGAAGAUAAGAAAAGGAAAGCUGCUAAGAUGCUUGAAAACAUUAUUGAUUUGUUUAACCAGGCAGCCGGUGAUGCUAUUUCUGACAUGCUGGUGAUCGAGGCAAUCUUGGCUCUGAAAGGGCUGACUAUACAGCAGUGGGAUGCUCUCUAUACGGAUCUCCCAAACCGACAGCUCAAAGUUAAGGUUGCAGACAGGCAAGUUAUUAGCACCACAGAUGCUGAAAGGAAAGCAGUCACACCCUCAGGACUACAGGAGGCAAUCGACAACCUGGUGAAGAAGUACAAGCUUUCCCGAGCUUUCGUCCGGCCCUCUGGUACAGAAGAUAUAGUCCGAGUAUACGCAGAAGCAGACUCACAAGAAAGUGCAGACCGCCUGGCACAUGAAGUGAGCUUGGUGGUAUUUCAGCUGGCUGGAGGGGUAGGAGAAAGUCCCCAACCAGGUUUAUGAAGACAAUUUUUACAUUCUUGAGAGACUGGAUUUUUGAAAGGUUUUUAUACAACGGUAAAGCCAUUAUUGUGACGGUUCAAACACAUCUAUAAUCAUAAUGUUUACUACACCUUAAUGGAUUGUUUCUAGGUCUGAUUGUUUUUCUUAAACACUACCAGAAUAAUUCCUUACACUCGUUAAAUUCGUUGUUGUUUUUUCUUUUAAAUGAAACUUACCUCUAGUUUCAGUCUCACUGAUGUAAGAUAUUGGGGCUUACAUAUAUGAUUCAGUUAAAUUUAUAAUGUAUGCUGGGAAGAAAUCAUGAGGGCUGCUGGAAAUUAAAUCUUAUUAGCAACA